AUGAGGCUACCAACGGUGUUUCUAUUAGUUGUUUCCUGUGCUCUGGGAUUCGAACAGGAGUCCUGUUAUCUAUCUGAGGAAGAGGAGGAUCAGUGCGCUUCGGUGUGUUAUCCCAUUGUUAAACCUUUAUUAAGAUACUUUGAGGUUUGCCAGACGAAGGACAAGACGAAUGCAGAGCUGCAGGAGAAAUAUGUGAAACUUUUGGAAAACUUUUCGAAAAUUCAAAAUGAAUUGAAUAAAGUUAGUCUCGAAAAUAAGGACUUGCAAGCAAAGAAAGAUCUGGAAUUUGAAAAGCAAAAAGCUCAAAUCGAACAACAAAGUACUCGAAUUAUUCAACUGCAAGAUGAAAUAUCUGAUCUGAAAAAGUCAUGCGAACUGAGUGAGCUGAAGAAUCUGUUUAGUGAAGAAUUGGAAAAGCUACAAAAAAUAACAAAAGCCGGCCAAGAGGUUAUAAUUGAAAAAGAAAACAAUGACAGCAAAGUAAACUCAGUGACGAAAAUUAAAGCUACUAACACUACUACGAGUCCGUCGAACUCAGAAGCACCAAUCAGAGGAUUCGAACCUUUUGAGGUGCGUUGUUACUCAGAUGAGGAGAUUGGAGCUGGGUGGAUGGAGGUUUAUUGGAUAGAUAGUGAUUCAGAGAAUUUCAAUUAUACAUAUGAAGAGUACAUCAACGGAUUUGGAAAUGUGGAGGCUGAAAUAUUCAUGGGACUUGAAAAAUUACAUAUUUUAACUAAUUGGAAGCCUCAUGAGGUGAGAAUCAAUGAACUAGUGCAAUGCAAAACCUUCGUUGUGGGCAAUAAGAGCGAAGGCUACAUGGUGAAGAAGAUUGACGGGUGUACCGGAGGUACAUCGUAUUUCAACCUAAUCCAGGGAACCAAGUUCUCAACAUACGAUCGAGAUGAGGACGGAAAUCCGAAUCACAAUUGGGCGAAGGAAUUGGGCUAUGGAUGGUGGUUCAGUUUUGAGUAA